AUGGGUGCCGGUUAUACGUGCAUGAAGUACCUCUUCAUAUUCCUCAACAUCAUAUUUUUGCUCCUUUCUGUCGCCGGAAUCGGCUUGUCGAUAUGGAUGUUCGUCGAUCCGACCAUUCCCUUGCAUUUCACGCAGGAAUCCAAGGAUUAUUUGAUAACCACGAUAAUCAUUCUAUUGGCUUCCGUCAUUCUCCUCGUCGUCUCUAUCUUGGGCAUCUACAGCGUUGGACAGGAAGUCAGAAAGGCCCUGAUCGCAUCGUUCUGCUUGCUGUUGAUCAUCGUGGUAGCUGAAGUGGCAGCUGGCGUGUGGGGUUACAUUCACCGCGACAGCCUCGAGCAGCACAUUCGAACAGCUGUGAAGAAUUCUGUUAAAGAGGACUACGACAAAGACGAAAACGUUAGGAAGCUGUUCGACACCAUUCAAACAAAGCUGCAAUGUUGUGGUGCUGAGCACCCAACGGACUGGACCCGCGGGAAAGGCUACAGCAUGGUUAUUUCGGGAAAUCCCAAUUUGUACAGCAUACCUAAGAGUUGUUGCCGCGAAGGAGUGACAUCCGAAGAUUGUUUUGCUGCUACAUACAACGUAAAGGUCGGCGAUGAACCGAAUGGUCAGAUCAUCUACAACACGGGUUGCUACAAUUUGAUUUACGACAAACUGAAAGAGAGCUGCUGCAUUAUAUUAAUCGUCGGAGGGGUUAUAUUGGGAAUCCAAUUGCUAGGUUUGAUUUUGGGUCUGAUAUUGGCUUGUUCCAUGAAUCGAACGCACCGAUACAAGGCUUAA